CGGUCUGAGGGACAGCGAACUGGCCCCCUGUUUAAAAAGUUUGAGGACUCUUGUCUUAUAAUCUGGUGAAUCCAAAAAUAUGGUUCUGAUAAGUCGAUUUCAGUAUUCUAGUGUUCACUCUUUACUAUUCAACAUAUGAAUAGUUGUCACCGUCGUGUUCUGGGCAUGUCAUACAAAAAUCCCAUGUGAAUUAUGCAUUAAAUUUGACUAUAUUUCUUGACUCGCCUCACUUUUCAGGCACAUCCCCUAUUCUAAAGUUAACUUUGUCUGUCUUCUCUAAGUGUGAUUUCCUUGCUGGUAACUGUCACCAAGUCGACCAAAUAGAAUGUGUAACGGAUUCUUUAACAGCCCUUGCGCUGACUGAGGGCCAGCGGCAAAUGCCCUUUCCCCACAUUCCUUUCCAGGCCCCAGCCAGUCUUUCUAACUUCCAGGGCGUGUAUAAGGGGCUGAAGAUUCAAGUAGCAGAGGGAGCUGGGCAGGGGACGAGUGACGCCGCCACUGGUGCUUUCAUCAGAGUCCAGACUGAAGAGCCCCGUUGGAGAUGGUCCGUCCUCCACCUCUCCUGGGGCAGCAGCCCGCCUCCAGGGUACCGCUGACCCGCCGGCUCCGCUGCACCAUGCCUUUCCCGCCUGUGCCGCCGCCGCCCGCCCCCGGCGCGCGCCAGCCCCGGAGGCCCAGCGCGCAGCCCGCGCCCUCGCCGCCCGCCGCCUCCGGGGAGAAGAAGAGGAGGUCCCCGGAGAGGCCCGAGGUGCUUUUCUCCAGCUCCUGGCCCUCAGCCACGCUGAAGAGGCCGCCAGCCCGGCGCGGCCCCGGACCGGGCAGGACUCAGCCUCCAGCCCCUCCGCGCGCCCUGCCCCAGAUCUCGCCGGGCCGCGCGCGGGCUCCAGCCACGUGCGCCACGCCCCGGCCAGCCAACCCUGGCCACACCCCGGCGAGGGCCGCCCGCGCGGGGACCUCCUCGAGGAUUGGGGCCACCGCCUCGGGGAUCUCGACGCCGGCAGGAGCAGGGUCCGGGCCGGACGACGCCGUGCGCUUCUCCUUGAGCCUCACUCCCGAGGCCGUCCUGGUCAUCCAGAGGCGCCACCUGGAGAAGCAGCUGCUGGCGCGGCCCCGCAGGCCCUUCCCCUCGCCCUCGGCGGACUCUAGGCGCCUACUCGCCCCCUGUCCCGUAGGCAGGGCCGCCAGUCCGCGCAGGGGCGGCGCCGCUAGCAUCCCCGACGCAUCUCCGGCCGCGGGCCUUGGCCGCCGACCAUCGCGCUUCCCGCUGCUGCCCGGCGGCCUGCAGGCGCCCGAGCCCAGCCGGCCCGCCGACCUGCGCUCAGUGCUCAAGGUGUCGCUGCUCAACGAGCGGCACAAGUACGAUGAUGUGGAGUACGAGGAGGAGACCGAGCCCCUGGACGAGGGCCUGGUGCGCAAGUGCACCGAGUGGCUGCGCGGCGUGGAGUCGGCGGCGGCAGCGCGGGACCGGGCUGGACGCCUGGGCGCGCUGCCUCACCUGAGCACGCUGUGAGCCCGCGACAGGGCUGGCCUCACGCGCGUCCCCACCUCCGGACCGCGCUCCACCCACCUGGGGUCCUCGUGGGAGAUGCACAUCCCGUCUGGCCGCCGUCCCUCCUCCCGGGCCCUGUGCGCCGAAGAGGCCCGCGCGGACGCAGGGAGCCUGUCUCGCCCGCCUCCUGCGCACCGCGCGGCCCGCCUCUCCCUCCCGCACCUGUGGCCUCUCCCCGGAAGUCCGCCUCUGAGCGCCCGCAGGUGUCCUUGCUUCUCAAAGGGAGUAAGCAGCUGCGAAAAUGCCUCUCAGAUGCCCACCCCAUAGUGUGUUUAGCCCCAGAAACCCCCUGCCUGGGGGCGGACCUGCCCAGGCCGCUAGCACCCCUGCCCGGAGCGCAAGUGAGGGCCGCCCGGUGGCCGCCUGCUGCUGAACUGCGACGUGGUGCUACGUUUAUGAUUUUCUCCCAAGUCAGAAAAAUGUUGGGGGUAUUGGAGAGCCUGGAAACUCAAAGUCAACCCAAUUUCCAAAAUCCAAAGAGGAGGGGUAAUAAUCACCAGGAACUAGCGGAACCCUGGCCAAAGAGCGCUGGAAACACUGCUCUGUUGCUAACACAACAGGUGACUCGUCCGGGCUUUGGCUCUGCGUGCUGGGCGCACACACACGCCCGUGCACACACGCACGCUCACAUGGCCACACACACACCCACAAAAACUCACACCUAGGCACUCACACACACACUCGCACUCACACGCACACAUACCUGCGCACUCACAAGCCCCUCCCCAAGCAGUGCUGGGAAUUGUUCUCCAUGGCUGGAUUAAGGCGGGAGCAGGAGUGGGGGUGGCUUUUGUUAAAAAUCAUCAUCUUUAUUUGAAGUGUUCACAGAAUAUCUUCCGUGCCAGGGAAAGGAAAGGUAGCCCAGUGGAAGGGGCAAACGCUGCAGCCUGUGUCCCCCCUCCCCCCCAGGCCGGCAGGAAGCUGUGGGCCCCGCCCCCACCCGGUGGUGUACCUGAGAGCAGAGGAGAAGCCCCCGCCAGGCGAGGGGCAGCAGGUGUUUGUUUUGGGUAUUUUUAAUCACUGUGAAAAUCAGUGAUACGAGGGCUUUGUACAGCUGUAUAGAGUGAUUAAGAUUUUUCUAUUUAUUAUUUGAAUAAUGAAUAAGCCCCCUCUGCCUUUUGGUAACCAUACCCUUUCCCCACUAACUGGAGGCCGAUUUCUAGCUGUUUCUUCCAUGCAUCUGGGUAUAUUUAACUCUUAAGGAUGAGAGUGAAAUAAAAAAUGUAGUGACCAGAUAAGACUGGUUAUGGAAGAGUAAUGUAUUACCUCCAAUUUUGACUUAUUUUGUAAAAGUCAAUGACUAGUUUAAUGUUUUAACUUGUUGCACUUUAAUAUGUCAAGUCUUAAUUAUAUUUUAAAUUGAGGCCUUACAUUUUUUAAAAAAAAAAACAAUUUUGUAUUUUUCUUGUAGAGAUCUUUGCUCUAAUCUCUCCAGCUCUAGACACAAAUUUCAUUGGAUAUGAAACAUUUAAUUCAGCAGGAGCUGGGUCAGCCGCCACGUGAACUGCAGAGACAAAACCCACCCACUGAAUAACUUCCUUUUCUGGCCCCUAUUUGAGUUGGGAGAUAAUGUUCUCUUUUACUUAAAAUGAAUAUAUUAAUAACAGAGGGGCAGAGUUAGCCCUGCUUGCCAGAGUGGCUGUCAAUGCUCCUGUCCCCACCCCACCCCACCCCGAUGACCCUUGCAGAGCUCAGUCCUGUGCUGGGCACAGGGCCUGCAGACCGGAGGGCGGGCCGGGAGUGGGUCUGCCCUGCCCAAAGGUGGGCAGCGGCACGGCUUGCGCUCAUCUCGCACUUAAUGCAAAUACAAGUAGCCCGGACUCCACCCUCAGUGAUGGUAACAGCGAAAACAUUUUGAAGACUUUCCUGGUGGUGUCCUAAGGGGACAGACAACAUGAAGCAUCUUUAUGUCUUCCAGACCUGAGCCUCUGUGGCAGUGCGUGGGUCUGUCUCUGCACCUGUGUGUGUACCUGUGUGUACCUGUGUGUACCUGUGGAUACCUGUGCGUACCUGUGUGCCCCGUCUGUUGCUUUGCUGGAAUCCCUUUCCUCCCCUUCCCCACCCUGUCCUCCAGGAUCCUCACCCCAUCCCCCUUUCUUAACUGCCCACACUACAAAACUAAGCACAUUUUUCUAAUGUGUGUUUGUUAAAUAGAGUUUGUGUGCCUUGCUCUUCACUUUAAAAACAAAUGAGUAGGACCUUUAUAUUUCCCUGGUUAGUGAACCUUAAUAAAAAGUAAAAAAGGUUAUACACAUGACACAUGUCUGUUCAUUGCUAUUAAUGACAUUUCAAGAAAGUUUUCUAAGUCACUGUGCUACAGUUUCUUAAUGCUUAAAUAAAAGAGAAGUUCAA